GUCAGUCCGAUUUGAUGAAUGCGAAAAAUCAACAUUUGAUAUAUAUAUAUAUAUGUAUAUUUGAACGAUGCUGUUACAAAUAUUAAAUUCGAUAUCGACUUUUCGUAUUUUAUGAACGUAGCAAGCCAUGAAAUACUAUUUCUCAUGGAUUUAUUAACAUAUAACCUCUUGUAAAUAGACAAACAUUAUCAAGUUACACGUUUUAUACAAGCAAUAUAAACUAACAUGAGUUCGUCAGAGGUUUAAGAUAGCCACAGUUCCUAGUUAAUUAUGAUAACGGAGCAGGUACGAUGCCGUCCCUUGUUCGUCAAGUCUCAUGUCAGAUCUGAUCCAAACAGCGUCCGAGGAAGCCGUUUUAUUAGAACGUGGCUAUAAAUUAUUGAAAAAGAUCGGCGAAGGUUCUUAUGCUAAGGUUUACCAAGCUGAAUACAAAUCGCAGUAUCGUACGAUAAAGGAUUGCAUGUUGGCCUGCAAGAUCAUAGACACAGCAAAGGCACCGAAGGAUUUUGUUCGUAAAUUUUUACCACGAGAGCUUGACAUUUUAGUUAAACUCAACCAUCCACACGUGGUACACAUACACAGCAUCUUUCAAAGACGUAUGAAAUAUUUCAUAUUCAUGCGUUACGCCGAGAACGGUGACCUUCUCGACUUUAUCCUGAAGAACGGAGCAGUGUCAGAGAACCAAGCUCGCAUAUGGUUUCGACAACUGGCUCUUGGUAUUCAAUAUCUUCAUGAAAUGGAAAUUGCACAUCGUGAUUUAAAAUGUGAAAAUAUUCUUCUAACAAUGAAUUACAAUGUAAAGCUAGCCGAUUUUGGAUUCUCACGAUACAUGAUUGACAAUCGUGGUAAACGUGUACUCAGUGACACAUACUGUGGUUCCUUGUCGUAUGCUGCACCAGAAGUUCUACGUGGUGCUCCUUAUAAUCCAAAAUAUUCUGACAUUUGGUCACUCGGUGUGAUUCUCUAUAUCAUUUUGAACAAGGCCAUGCCUUUCGACGAGACCAAUAUAAAGAUACUCUAUGAACAACAGUUAUCACGUAAAUGGAAAUUUCGACGAAAAAUCGACGAAACCAUCAGCGAUAAUGCAAAGAAAACUGUAACGAAUCUUUUGGAACCGGAUGUAAAAAAGCGAUGGCAAAUUGAUCAGAUAUUAUAUGGCGAGUGGAUAGCAAUGGAUCCAAGAUUAUUGGUUCUGACACCGAUUGAGCAAAGUGCUCUCAAUCAUGCGAUCGAGGAACGUAAAAAGAACGAAGAGAAAUUUUUGAAGAAGAAAUCCUCAAAGAUCGAAAAGAAAAGCGAAAAACCGCAGAACGUCAGCGACACUGUCGGAACAGUCACUAUUUUGAAGGAUGCUACAAAGGUAUCAAUGUCAUUGUUGAGAAUGGCACAAAAUACGUUUCAUAAAUAUCAGAAUUUUUCUCAUUUCCUUUCUAGGCUAUACCGUCCAUUAUUUUACCUAUCGGUUUUCCUAAACAACUUGAAAUGUAAUCAAAUAUUGUGGUAUAUACGUUGGAACAUGGUUUUUGAUUACAUUAUAUAUAUAUCCCCGUACUUCCGCAUUUCCUACUUUUGUAACACAAUGCAUUUAAAUACAAAUAAUAUGAUUUAA